CCUACUUAAUGCUACAUUUGGUAAUGCGGUGGAGUUGAUUGUUAGCAUAAUCGCGUUAAGGGACAGGCAGAUCGAGGUUGUUAAGUCGUCGAUGAUUGGCUCGGUUUUGUCGAAUCUGCUGCUCGUUAUGGGUAUGUGUUUCUUCUUCGGCGGAAUCGUCAAUAUGGGAGGAGGGGAUGGUGCCGGCCAAGAGCAAACCUUCCAAGCUAUUCAUGAUCAUCAAUAAUAGCAAUAAGGGAUCUGAUGAAGAGCGCAAUGGGAUCGUACUCUCCCUUUCCCGUGGCACAGCGAUUAUCCUAUUACUUCUUUAUGUUUUAUAUCUUGUCUUCCAACUGAGAACACAUCAUAAACUAUUCAGCGCCGAAGCCCAGAACUCAAACGCAUCCCAGUUGCCCACCGAAGCGGCAGCAGCGGCUGGAAAUGUACGAUCCGCGACAAUUGUGGAGACCCAACAGCCGGAAGAGGAAGAGGAAAUACAUAUGAGCCCGUGGUCAGCUGCUGCGGUACUCAUUGUCGUAACCGUCUUGAUUGCUCUGUGCGCCGAUUACCUGGUGGAUAGCAUAGACGCUCUCGUCGAACGUGCUCACAUUAGCCGAAGCUUUAUUGGUCUUAUCUUGAUUCCUAUCGUUGGGAACGCGGCGGAACAUGUCACCGCCGUCGUGGUGGCUGUCAAGAAUAAGAUGGACCUUGCAUUGGGUGUUGCUAUCGGUUCCAGCAUCCAGAUUGCUCUAUUUGUAACACCAUUCCUUGUUAUCCUUGGAUGGAUCAUGGACAGGGAAAUGGAUUUGCAUUUCGAGACUUUCGAAACGGUUGCGUUUGCAUUGGCUGUUUUGGUCGUAAUCUACACAGUUCAGGAUGGAAAGUCCAAUUACCUCGAGGGCGCUAUGUUAAUGGCCCUCUACGUCAUUAUCGCACUCGCAUUUUUCGUUACUCCUAGCCAGUACUUCAACACCGAUUUGGUUGUUGGUAAGCUUAGCAACGUUAUCGGGUCAACAUGAUCGAUCUCCUAUUUUCUUAACAGCCCUUGAAGGGCGUUAUAACUUAACCCAACUACCCAAAGCAGUUCGCUACUCGAACUACGUUUAACCACCCGACGUAUUUAUUAGUAGUGUAUAUCAACGCAUAGCGCUACAAGUAGUACGCGUACGGAGCGCCUCCGA